GCUAACGUGUCGGAUGGAAAAACGCAGUUUCGUGGUCUGUUACAAGUAAUUUAGUACGUUGAACAUUGUAUAUGGGCUAAGAAGAAGAUCUUCCAUCUCGAAAACGUCCAAUAUAACCACAAAAUUGACAUCCAAACGGGAACGCCGUAACGUUUGACUGUGACAGGCGCACGUGCUAGGAUGUCGCUCGACAAGGUGUGUCUGCAAGACGUUGAGGAGGCGAGAUCCAGAAUACGAAACAGUGUAAAAAAGACUCCUCUCGUUCCGUUGAACAUUUACGAAACAGAUUCAGAGACAAAGAUCUAUCUGAAGUUAGAGAAUCUUCAUCCGAUAGGAUCCUUCAAGCUACGUGGUGCCUGCAAUGCUGUCGAACUGUUACCAAAGGCUAAGCUUGAGAGUGGAGUCUACACUGCCAGUGCUGGGAACUUCUCACAAGGACUGGCAUGGAAUGCGCAAAGGCUCGGAGUUCCAUGUCAAAUCGUUGUUCCUGAGCACGCCCCUAAAGCCAAACUGGACCCAACGGAAAGGCUUGGAGGCAAAGUGACACGGGUACCGUACGAUAGAUGGUGGAAGGUGAUCAUGGAACACAAGUACGACGAUGCCUGUGGUACCUUUAUACACCCUGUGUGUGACAGCGCAGUCAUCGCUGGUAAUGGCACCAUCGGGUUGGAGAUUUUGGAAGACCUCCAAGAGGUUGAUUCCAUUAUUGUCCCUUAUGGCGGUGGUGGGUUGUCAAGUGGAAUAGCCCUGGCUGUGAAAGCACUGCGUCCUGAGACUAAAGUAUAUGCUGUGGAGGUUGACACAGCAGCGCCACUGUCCGCUGCCCUUGCGGCAGGAAAACCAGUACCAUGUUCAUACAAUGCUAGUUUUGUAGACGGAAUGGGAUCCAAAUCUGUUCUGGAUGAGAUGUGGCCGUUGGUCAGUAAUGUACUUGACGGUUCUAUAGUUGUCUCCCUUGAAGACGUCGCAAAUGCUGUGAGGCUAUUGGCUGAGAGGAAUCACGUGAUUGCAGAAGGGGCCGGUGCUGCUGCAGUGGCGGCUGCGCUGAAGGGGAAGGUUGGGGAGGGGAAUAUUGUGUGCAUCGUAUCUGGGGGAAACAUAGAUACUGAUGUUCUCAUAAAGAUUCUACAAGGGAAAACUCCAUAAUCGAUAAGUUUGUAUGGUGCUAUAUUUUAUUUUAUAAUUCCAAGAUCCAACAAAAUACUGUCUGUAUAAUACAUCAUGGGCGGAUCCAGGAAUUUUGAAAGUGGGGAUGGGGGGUGGUUGUCAGGGGGUUGGCUCCCCCAACGCCAAAAAAAAUCUUCAAUGUGGUCUUAAGUCAUUUUCACGGUGGGGGGUGGUGGUGUUUUCGAACACCCCCUCUGGAUCCGCCAAUUAUACAUCCUACCUUUCAUGCUGUUCAAAGUAUGAAGAUUUUAAUGUUGAAUAAUUCAAAGAUACUGUAUGGUAUUCAUUAAAAUACUUGUCAGAUCA